AUGGAAGAAAUUCAAGCGAUCACCGAAGGAAAAAUAAUCGCUAAGCGAUGGAAAGUGGUCGAAAAACUCGGUGAAGGUGGAAUGGGAGCUGUUUUCAAAGUUCGUGACCUCACUCGUUUUCAAACAUAUGCAGCAAUGAAAGUAGAAGGAGACGUUUCUGAUGGCGGCGUUUUGAAACUCGAAGCUUAUCUUCUCAAAGCUUUAGCUCCAUUACCGUUCUGUGCAAGAUUGAUGGAUGCAGGUGAUCGAAAGACGUAUUGUUUCAUGGUGAUGACUCUACUUGGGAAGGAUUUGAUGGCUCAUAAAAGAGAAGCAAAUAUCCCAAAACUAUGUGAUCAAACAACUCUUCGUCUUGCAAUGGCUACUCUUUUUGCAAUCAAACAGAUUCACGAAGUUGGAUACACACAUCGGGAUAUUAAACCUGGAAAUUGUGUAACUGGAAUUCAUGGAAGUGAUGCUAAAAAUGUUUAUCUCAUUGACUACGGAAUGGUUCGUUCGUUUACUGCUAAGCGUGAUAAUGGCCAACUUGCUCUCAGAAAAGCCCGUUCUGGUGAACAACUGUUCCGUGGAACUCCCCGUUACUGUAGUAUGAACGUUCAUAAUCGAAAAGAACAGGGACGUGUCGAUGAUCUUUGGUCGUGGCUUUACAUGUUAAUCGAGUUACACUGCGGAUUGCCAUGGCGUCGUUUGACUGAUGAAAAAGAAAUUAUGCAGGCGAAAAGUACAUGUCCAAUGGAGGUGUUGCUGAAAGGAUGUCCCCAAGAGUUCACAAAUAUUCACAAGUAUUUGGAAUCGUUGGAAUACAAAACUCGGCCCGAUUAUUUUGGAUUGUGGAGUGAAUGCUUUUCUGGAUUCAAACGAGUCCGUGGAUCAUUUUUUGGACGUUUCGAAUGGGAAUUGGGCAAAGCUGGCGGAGAAGAAAUGCUUACGGCGCUGUCGAUUAGCGAGAAAAGAGGUCCGAAUGAUUAUAAAUGUGCUACCAAUAUGCAAAUGGCGAAAAAGAUUUGGCCAUAUGCAGACUCUGCUCACUUCAAGAAGAAAAUUUUGAACUUGUGA